AAUUAACUCUUUCGUUUAUAUGAUAGUCGUAUGACAACAUAUUUAAAUAUAAUGUUAAUAUCCAAUAUAUUCUAUAUGAAUAUUCUAAUAUCCGGUAUAUCCUAAAUACUGUCCUCUUAGCUCUCUUAAUAUUGUAAAGGAUACAAUGGGAAAUGAAUUCACAUUUUUAAUAAAUUUUUAAUUAAUCAAAUGAAAUUGAGGGAAAGGACGAGCAAGCGAUGCUAGUGUCUCUAAGUCAACUUCGACUAUUGAUGCAAACAUCAACCACCUCGAUGACUUCCGUGCCUAAGCCACUCAAGUAUUUGAAAAGUUCAUACAACAACAUGAAGAACGCUCAGAAAACGAUUCAAAGAGAGGAUGUACAGCGUCAGUUCGCGGAAGUAUUGAGCGUAUUGUCGAUGGCAGGUGCAGCCCAAGGAUCCAAAGAAUGUCUUCAGUAUUGCACGCAGGGCGGGGUGACUAAUCCCGGUGAAUGGGGUCACGAAUACGUUAGACAACUCGAAACUGAGAUUGUAGACGAAUGGACGAACGCUCCGGUGAAAGACGAGACUCGUAUAAGAAAUGAACUCACCCCUUUGGUGAAAGGUAUAAUAAAUUUCGAUAUGAAACACAACGCCGAAAUACCUGGUUGCGAUCUCUGCUUAGAGAUCGAUCAGUUAAAUUUUUUGAGCGAGAAUUUACACAGUAGAAAUUUCGAGAGAGUUUGCCGGUAUCUGGAAGGUUGCGCAGCUUACAGCGAGGACACCGAGAGGAGACAAAUACUGCAAAUGGUGGCCGAUCAAUAUCUACGAUUUGGGGAAUAUUGCAAAGCAAUGCUGAUUGCUCUUCAAUUAGGGCACUCAGAUCUGGUAUCUCAAUGCCUUACCACUUGCUCCGAUCCUUUAAUGCGUAAGCAACUGGCGUUUAUACUCGUAAGACAAAGGGAAAAUCCUUUAAAGAAGGAAUACCAAGGAAGUGACGUCAAAGAUAUCGAGAUGAUCUUAAGUAAUAGCCACGUUAAUAGUCACUUCCACGUAUUGGCUACGGAACUCGACAUCCUGGAACCAAAGCAUCCGGAUGAUAUUUACAAAACCUGGCUAGAGACGACUGUCUUGAGAAGAGCGGAACACGACUCAGCCAGGGCGAAUCUAGCGGCCAGCUUUGUUACCGGGUUCGUUCACGCCGGAUUCGGCAAGGACAAGCUAAUGGGAAACGCUGCCGACGCUUGGGUCUACAAAAACAAGGACCACGGUAUGCUCUCAGCGACCGCUUCCUUGGGUCUGAUACAUAUGUGGGACGUGGAUGGUGGUCUAGUCCCGAUCGACAAGUAUCUUUACACAAACGAUCACUACAUAAAAGCGGGUGCGUUGCUCGCUAUAGGGCUGGUUAACUGCGGCGUUCGCAACGAAUGUGAUCCGGCUUUAGCCCUUCUUAGCGAUUACGUGUACUCCGACAACGCAACCCUUAGAAUUGGAUCCGUUUUGGGAUUAGGUUUAGCUUACGCUGGUUCACAAAGAUCAGAUGUGACGGAUCUUCUAACGGGAGUCCUUGUGGACAAAGCAAGUACCAUGGAAGUGAUUGCGCUAGGAGCAAUCGCAAUAGGGUUGAUAAAUGUUGGCUCUGGUAAUGGCGAUGCUUCUUCAGUUCUUUUGCAGAGAUUGCUAGAACUCACCCCUCAAGAACUAGCCAAUACUCAUUCAAGAUUUUUGCCAUUGGCAUUGGGAAUGAUUUACAUGGGGUAUCGCGAUAAUAUUGAAGCUCCUUCAGCUGCACUUGAAAUUUUGCCCGAUCCUUAUAAGUUGGCUGCGCAAACCAUGUUGCAGGUAUGCGCCUACGCCGGUUCAGGAGACGUGUUGAUUGUUCAAGAAUUGUUGCGAAUCUGUUCGGAACCGGUGGAUGGUGAAAGCGUUCCCACAACCCCGGUCAAUACACCUGUGCCGAGUUCUUGCUCUCGAAGUCUUGAUUUGUCUGAGAAGAGGACGAAGGAGAAGUCGGAAGAGAAAAAUGAAAGCUCUAAGGAGAUCGGAUCGUCGCAAGCAAUAGCAACCUUGGGUGUCGCAGCGAUUGGUUUGGGCGAAGGAAAAGAGAACUCGAGGAUAUUUGGUCAGAUUGGAAGAUACGGCUCGAUUUCCGCGAGACGCGCGAUGCCACUGGCUCUUGGCUUGUCGUCUUUGUCAAAUCCAGACUUGUCGGUUUUAGACGUUUUGAAUAAAUACAGCCACGACCACGAUUCCAACGUGGCGAACAACGCGAUUUUUGCCCUGGGCCUCGUCGGUGCUGGAACGAAUAACGCUCGUCUCGCCACCAUGUUAAGGCAAUUGGCUUGUUACCACGCAAAGAAUCCUAUGCACUUGUUUCUCGUACGAAUUUCUCAGGGCCUCGUUCAUCUUGGCAAAGGCACGUUGUCUAUAUCUCCAUUGCGGUACACUUCCAAAGUCUUGGACAGAGCCGCGUUGGCUGGCUUGCUGAUAGUUCUGGUGGCGUUUCUCGAUUGUCAGAAUCUCAUACUGUCCAAAUCUCAUUAUCUAAUGUAUUCUCUAGCACUUGCCAUGGAACCGAGGUGGCUGGUCACGUUGAAUGAAAAUUUAGAGAGUCUACCGGUGUCUGUAAGAGUUGGUCAAUCGGUGGACGUCGUUGGUAAAGCUGGUAGUCCAAAAUCCAUUUCCGGUGGAUACGUUCAUACGACUCCGACGUUACUUUCUUCCGGGGAGAGAGCGGAGCUCGCUCUGGACGAGUACGAGCCGUUGGCUACCAUUCUUGAAGGUUUUGUCAUUCUUCGUGAAAAGCUAAACGUUUCCUAA